UCUGUGGGUUGCUGUGUUUGGGCUUUGAGGUGUUUGGGGAGAAAAAAUGUCUCUGCUUAGAAGAUCGAUUGGACUGUUUCUGUUGGCUUUUGCUGUAUCAGAGACAUAUGCAAAAAGGAUCAUUGGGGGACAAGUGGUCAUACCAAACUCUAUUAAACAUCAAGCAUCCCUGCAGUUCAAAUGGAGUGGAAGACACUUUUGUGGAGGAACCCUGGUCCACCCUGAAUGGGUUUUGUCCGCUGCCCACUGCUGGAUACCGACUAGCAGGAUGAGGGUGGUUUUAGGUGAGCACAACUUGGUACAAAGCGAAGGAUUUGAACAAGUCUUCAAUGUUUCAAAGAUAUACAGACACAACUAUAACUGGAAGACAUUCAACAAUGAUGCUAUGAUGAUCAAGCUGAGCCGGCCAGCAGUGGUGAAUGCCCAAGUACAGCCAGUUUCACUGCCAGACUCUAACACUUUGCCACUUAGACAAAACGAUAUCUGCACAGUGAGCGGCUGGGGUGUGACAUCUCCCUACAGCAAUCGGCUCUCUGAUGAACUACGUGCUGUGGAUGUUUUGUUCUACCAGUAUUGCCAGUAUUACUACUGGGGCAAGAUCACUCACAAUAUGAUAUGUGCUGGAUUUCCAUUUGGUGGAAAAGAUUCAUGCCAGGGUGACUCAGGUGGUCCACUUGUCUGCAGAGGUAAACUGGAGGGAAUUGUCUCCUGGGGAAUCAGCUGUGCAAACCCAUACUUCCCUGGGGUUUACACCAAAGUGAGAAAUUAUGUUCAAUGGAUUAAUUGGGUUAUUUCAAAAGGUUAAGAAAUUAAGUGAAAGGCUGUAUGAACUUAUUUCAGUCAUUCUGGUCACGACU